AUGAAACGAACACAAGUCUAUCGUAUCAUCAUAAAAGCUAGCACGAAGCUCGCCCUCCAAAAACCAUCUUGGGUUGAAUUCUGGAAGCAAGAAAAUUGGAGUGGAAAAAGAACAAAGACACAUGAUCAAGAGGAAUUAAUUGGCCACCAGGUUGUUAAGCUCAAAUUAUCUAGAGAGAAAUUAAACGCCAAGCCAUCGAUGAUGAGAACUUGGACAGCAACAAGGAAUGAAUAUACAGCCAUCAUCGUACUAAACAAUGAUAAUGAUGGCCAUGGAACCGGGUUUUCACUUGACUUUACAACGGAUUUUGUGGUAUACGCAAUAAUAGCCAUACUCGUCAUGGUAAUCGCACUUAUCUUGAAACUUAUGAGGAAUAUCGACCAAGACGAUAUUAGGGCCGUCGGUGGACGACAUGUGAUGUCAUCAACUGAGAACAACAGAUUAUUAUCGUCAUCAUCAGACGAGGGAACUUUGUUCAGUUGCUCAUCUUAUGGAACCAUCAAUAACAGUGAUGAAGAGGAUUUAUUAGAAUCGGGAAAAUUAAGGAAUUGCUGCAGUUCAUCGUCUGAGGAUUUGUACGAUGCAAAAAUAUGUGUGAUAUGCUACGACCAUCAAAGGAAUUGCUUUUUUGUUCCAUGUGGCCACUGUAUUUCCUGCAUUCCUUGUGCCAAGAGGAUUAUAAGUGGAGAAAUCAAGAGCUGUCCAAUAUGCCGGACAUUUAUCAACAAAGUUGCCAAGUUGCGAAUUUUAUGAAGCAAAAACACACACUCCAUUUUAUACUUUUAUUUUUAUUUUUUAUUUUCGUCUUUCCUAAUUAAAUUGGAUUGAAUGUAGAUCACUUGUAUUAAUAUAAAGCGGCCAUGUACUAGUGACGGAUCUAGAAAUUUUAUUUGAGGGGCUCGAUUUAAAAUGUUAAAUAGUGAGCUUGUAAUUUAAAUCGAAACACUCAUUUUAUAUAAAAAUGUAUUAGUACAAAUGUACAUGUACAUAUGUAUACGAUCAAGUUUUUAAAACAUAGAAUUCGUAUCACCCUUAAACUUUUAAAAAAAUAGACUAAAAAAUGAGAUUG